UGUUUGGAUUUGGCGCGCAAAGGUCAAACAAAACAAAAGGUCGAUUUGAAGAAAAUUCACAAAACUCGUGCCCGGAAAUAUUUUUUGUAUUUGUACAACACAAUGGCUCUUUGGGUGGACCGUUACCGACCGCGCGAACUGUCUAAACUGGACUAUCAUAAAACGCAAUCCUUACAUCUUAUUAACCUUUGCUCCCAAGGCGAUUUCCCGCAUCUCAUGUUCUAUGGUCCCUCCGGAGCCGGUAAGAAAACACGCAUUAUGUGUCUGCUACGGGAACUUUACGGACCGGGCGUGGAGCGGCUACGCAAUGAGAUUAUGAACUUCACAACGCCCUCGAACCGGAAGGUGGAGAUUAUGACCGUCAGCAGCAAUUACCACAUCGAGGUAAAUCCAUCGGAUGCCGGAAUAUACGACAGGGUGGUUGUGACGGAUCUGAUCAAACAAAUCGCUCAAACGCAGCAGAUCGAUCCUAGCGGGCAGAGGGAGUUUAAAACGAUCGUCUUGUCCGAGGUGGAUGAGCUGACCAAAGAUGCCCAGCACGCGCUGAGAAGAACCAUGGAGAAGUAUGUGUCUACAUGUCGAUUAAUUCUGUGUGUCAAUUCGACUUCGCGAGUAAUUCCCGCGGUAAGAAGCCGUUGCUUGGGAAUCAGAGUACCGGCUCCAUCUGAGGAGGAUAUCCUUAAAAUUUUAAAUCACAUCGGAAAGAAAGAAAGUUUACACAUUCCAUCGGAGCUUGCGAAACGAAUCACCGCCAAGUCCGAGCGCAAUUUGCGACGCGCUAUCCUCAUGCUGGAAGCAUGCAAGGUACAACAGUAUCCAUUCACGGUGAACCAAGAGGUGCCGGAAAUUGACUGGCAAGUGUUCCUCCGUGAAACCGCUAAUCAAAUUGUGCUGGAACAAAGUCCACAGAAGCUGGAAGCGGUGAGGGAACGGCUAUACGAGCUGCUGUCCCAGGGCGUCCCGUCGGAUGUUAUAUUCCGUGGGUUGGUACAGAAUCUAGUCAAAAAUUGCGAUAUGAGUCUCAAGACGCAAACUUUGAACUUUGCCGGACAGUAUGAACACCGGAUGCAGCAAGGAAGCAAGCAUAUUUUUCACCUGGAAGCGUUCGUGGCGCAGUUCAUGGCACUGUACAAGAAGUUCCUCAAUCAAGCAUCCUCGAUGGAAUUGGAUGAUUUUUAAGGGAUUCAUGAAGAUCGUAAUUUUCUUUUCUUUUAUUGUUUAUUGUUUUCAAUACAUUUUUCUGACAUAAAUUGUCGUAAUAAACUGCAUAGUCC